UGCACAGAGAAUAGCACCAUGCACACCACCUGUGAGUGAUCCACUUGAGUGAGCCGUGUGCUCCAGGGGCUGCAGACAGGUCCUGUAGGUAGGAGCCUCUGCAAGAGCACCAGGUCACUGCCCGUGCCACUGCAACAGAUGGGCCUCUUGGGAGCUUUGGGACAACAAAAGAUCGUCUCGUGUUAUACCUGAGGAGCCAUGGUGUUGCUCCAGUUCCUUUGUAGAAGUUCAGCUAUGGAACAGUCCCAUCCCAGUGCCUUCUUAUAAAAUCCCAAACCCCACGUCCACAUGGGAAGCUGGCUGUACCGCUGGCAGCAUGAGAAUCACGGCAGCUCACAAAGCUGUGUGCACACGGCCUCCAGCUGCAGCAGCCUGGGCUCAGCACAGCAUUUGCUGCUUUACACAGCUCCUCAUCUGUGUUUUUACACUGUUUAUAACCCCUGAUGGGUGCAAAUAAGUAAAUCUCAGAAACUGCUUGGUUAGAACGUGUCACAGGAGAAUGAGGCAUUGGCAGAUCUAUGCAGGAACAGUCUGUAACCGUGGAGAGAAAUUUGGAGAAAGAUUUGGGAUGACUGUAAGGUCUUGGAACUCAUUGUUGAGUUGUAUUGAGCUGUAUCUUAACAGCUGAGGUCUUGCAGUAUCUUUCUUAAUGGACAUGCUCUGUUCUGCUGCAGUGGUGCUUCAUACUGAAUUUUUUCUCUGCAAAGAAAUGAAAGCAUAGAUAGCAAAAAAUUAAGAUGGUAGAGAACAGAUCUGGUGGCUCAUGCAUCACACUGAGGCUCUAAGUGUUUCUGGUUCUAAUCAACCUGCCUAGUGACCAUGUUUCUCUGUGCCUCAGUUUUCCCAUGGGCACAGUGCAGGUAAUAACAGUGACUGGACAUGUAUGGAGAUGUGAAUUGUAAGCAUGUUGGGGGGGAAUGGAUUUCUUGCCUUGUCCAAGCAUAUCUGUAUGGUUUUUUACUAACACUGUAUUUCUAAAUAGAAUUUAAAGAUUGAAUGGUUACAUAUGAAUGUCUGAUCAGCUCUUCAAACCUUGCAAGAGUUAAGUCAAAAAGUUAUCUCUAACUUGUUUCUGAUGUGGUACUACCACCUUUUUAUCAUAGUGCACUCCUAUCACCUGUCAAGCACUAACUAACCUUUUAUCAACCAAGCUUGUCCUUUGUAAUCACAAAUACUAAAAGAUCCCCAAAAGGCAGCACUAAAAUAUUUAAGAUGUCACUGAAAGAAAGGCCUUCAUCAGUGGAUCACUAACAUGUGUAAUGGUGUGUGACCAUCAAGAGCCAGUCAAUAGCAAGGCUAAACUCUUAGAUAGGUAAGGUUUGGAUGCUGCUGUGUGAUAGGGGAGUGGGUAGUAUCUGCUGGGAUAUGCUUGUCUGAUCACCUCAGCUGAGCUCACCACUGUGACUAUAGAAGGACUCGGUACACGACCUGGAACUCGGUCACUCCUGGAGCCCUGUGUGUGUAGGGUGACAGUAUGCCGAGGGGUUUGUGAGCGCGAGUCUCGGCCACGGUGAGCAAGAUGGGGGCUUGUACGCGUCCGCGGAUGAGGCAGCCUCAGAGUCCGUCACCGCCGUGUGGUGUGCCCGGGGUAGGGAUAGGCGGUGUGACCGGGCCGCAUGUAUGUCCCGCCCGCGGUGCUGGAGGGAUGCUCCAUCCCGGGAUGUCCCGUCCCGGGGAGCUCCAUCCCGGGAUGUCCCGUCCCGGAGAGCUCCAUCCCGGGAUGUCCCGUCCCGGAGAGCUCCAUCCCGGGAUGUCCCGUCCCGGAGAGCUCCAUCCCGGGAUGCCCCGUCCUGGAGAGCUCCAUCCCGGGAUGCCCCGUCCCGGUGUGCUCCAUCCCGGGAUGUCCUGUCCCGGUGUGCUCCGUGCCGGGCUCCCCCAUCCCGGCACCGCGGCCAUGUGCCCCCGACCAGUUCCAACGGCGGCCCCGUCCCCCUGCUUUGGCCACGCCCCCUACCGCAGCCAAUGGGCGGGCGGGAUGUGCGCCCCGCCCACGCUCGCGCCCCCCGCCCCUAUAUUAACGGCCAUUGCGGCGCCCCCUCAGCGCCGCUUCCCGCCUCCUUCGCCCGGCAUCGCCUCCCGCUCGCGCCGCUCCCGCCAUGACCGAUGCGGCCGUGUCCUUCGCCAAGGAUUUCCUUGCCGGCGGGGUGGCGGCCGCCAUCUCCAAGACCGCCGUCGCCCCCAUCGAGAGGGUCAAGCUACUGCUGCAGGUGCAGCACGCCAGCAAGCAGAUCUCCGCCGAGAAGCAGUACAAGGGCAUCAUCGACUGCGUGGUGCGCAUCCCGCGGGAGCAGGGCAUCCUCUCCUUCUGGCGCGGCAACCUGGCCAAUGUGAUCCGGUACUUCCCCACCCAGGCCCUCAACUUCGCCUUCAAGGAUAAGUACAAGGAGAUCUUCCUGGGCGGCGUGGACAAGCGAACCCAAUUCUGGCGGUACUUCGCCGGUAACCUGGCAUCCGGGGGUGCCGCCGGCGCGACCUCCCUCUGCUUCGUCUACCCCCUUGACUUUGCCCGAACCCGCCUGGCAGCAGAUGUGGGUAAAGCCGGGGCCGACCGGGAGUUCAGUGGUCUGGGUGACUGCCUGGUCAAAAUCUUCCGCUCAGAUGGCCUUAGGGGCCUGUACCAGGGCUUCGGUGUCUCUGUCCAGGGCAUCAUCAUCUACAGAGCCUCCUACUUUGGUAUCUACGACACCGCGAAGGGCAUGCUUCCAGACCCAAAGAACACCCACAUUGUUGUCAGCUGGAUGAUUGCUCAGACCGUCACUGCUGUCGCUGGUUUGGCCUCCUACCCUUUUGAUACAGUUCGUCGUCGCAUGAUGAUGCAGUCUGGCCGUAAAGGAGCUGACAUAAUGUACUCCGGCACUCUUGACUGCUGGCGGAAGAUUGCCCGGGAUGAGGGCUCCAAGGCCUUUUUCAAAGGUGCAUGGUCAAAUGUACUCCGAGGAAUGGGUGGUGCUUUUGUCUUAGUCCUGUAUGAUGAAAUCAAGAAGUAUACAUAAGUUGUUCCCUGUUGUGAACUGGCAUGUUGUUCUGUGUAGUCUGUGACUGUUCAUGGACUUGUUUGAAAACCAUCUAGUUACUAAACAGUGGCAGCUGAUGUUUAUACAGGUUGGCAUGGGGCAGGGGUGACUGCCUGCCCUGUCUUUAUCAAACUGUUCCCCCUGAUGGGACUCAUGAUGGUUUCUAUUUCAGUCACUUCUGCUUAAAGAGUACAGAGAAAUAAAAAUCUGAAACCGA